UGUGAUUGUGAGGGAGAUCAGAUGGUUGUAUUUUCCACAUCGGAUCGACAGCUCAACGUGAAAAGUUUUUCUGUGGGGCAGUGAACAGAUGAAUUUCGCUCAUUCUGUGUAGAAAAGAAAGAAUUUUAAGAACUCAUACUUUAACUUUUUUGAGGAGCUCUCGUGUUACCGUAUUGCACAAACUUUGGUCAUUGUGGCAUCGGCUCGGACAAAUCUGGGCAAAAUUGGAUUCUUUCUUCUGCUUUUAUAAAGACAGAAUUGCCAUAAGGGGGAUGACAGCUGUAGCCCCAGACCCCUGGAACACAGAAGAAUGAUGAAGAAGGCCAAAAGUCCCGGACCCUGCAGUGUUUGACCUGAGAUGGAGCUGAAAGUGUGGGUCGAUGGAGUUCAGCGCGUGGUCUGUGGCGUCACAGAGGCCACCACCUGCCAAGAAGUGGUCAUCGCUCUGGCUCAAGCUAUUGGUCGCACGGGGCGCUACACACUAAUCGAAAAAUGGAGGGACAGUGAACGCCAUCUUGUUCCGCAUGAGAGUCCCGUUGCCUCCCUCAACACUUGGGGGCAGUAUGCUGGCGAUGUACAAUUCAUCCUGCAUCGCACAGGUCCCUCCCUCAACGAAUACCCCUCGAAUGAGGGUCUUGCUCCUCGGGCCCCGGAACGUGGCUUGCAUCGGCAGAGCCUUCCGUUGAUGGCCAAGCUCCGAGCUCCAGGUGACCGCUCCCUACGUAGACGCGAGCCACGGCGCAAAUCUCUGACUUUCACCGGUGCUCCCCGUAGUCUCAAGGACAUUCUCAGCGGAGGCAGGCUCAGUGACAGCUGUGGCAAACACCGGACGGUUUUAGUAAACGGCAGCCACGCCCCACCAUCCAUGUCUCCUCGGUUGUCGGGGAGCCGCGUGGAGGAUCUCACCCAACUGGUGAAGCUGCAAAGGGAGACUCUCAUGGUUCUAGAUCACAAAAUGGACGAGUAUGACGUGGAACUUCGGACGUUGAGCGAGAAGAGAGCCGGAGCAGGGGAUGAAGAUGUGUAUACGAAGGUGAAGGAUGAUGUGUCGAGGUUGGAGAAGCAGGUGCGGAGGAACGGAGUAGAGAUCGAGGAAGAGGAAUUCUGGGCAACUGAGCUCCAGAUCGAGGAGGAGAGCGAGAGGCAGCUGCAGGAGCGGUUGCAGGAGUUGCACGGUCUGCUGCGCAGCUGCGAUGCGGAUCUGGAACAUCGGCUAAAGUCCCUGCAAAGUGUAGAGGCGGGUCUAGAGGCUCAAAGGCAGCAUAAGGAGACCAGAAAGACUCAGCAGGCUAGUGAAGGGGAAGUGAAGGCAAGACUUCAGAGGGUAAAAGCCGAACUAAAGGCUCAAGCUCAGCAUACGGCCCAGCUUGAGAAUAGCUGUAGAGCGGUGGACCGAUCAAUGGUGGAGUCGUGCAAGAGAUUGCAGGAGAGCCAGCAUGAGCUGGAACAGCUGACCAAAGAAUUGAGGCAGGUGAACCUACAGCAGUUCAUUCAACAGACGGGCACCAAAGUUACAGUUCUCCCUGUGGAGCCCAAUGAUGAGGAAUCGUGCAACAUAACAGAGGACAGAGAUAUCGCUGCAUUAACUGGCUCAUUGAAACGUUCGGGUUUGUCUCACCCUAUGGUUGGCAGCAUUCACAGACUGCCGAGUCCCAUUUCCUCAACGUUAAAUCCUGACGGCAUCUACGUUUGAGGACCUUAACUUAAAUAGAAAUUAAGCUUUUUUUUAAACCUAUCCACAGAAGUCAGAUUUGCAUUGGGGAAUAUUGUUUCACAUACAAACAGAAAAUAUGCUAAUUUUCAUUUACAUAUAGGAUACUGUAAGAAAAUGGGCCUGUACCCUUGUCACAUAAAUAAUAACAGCGGGAUGAAGGAUGAAAUGCAUGGAAACGUAAAUAUAUUUUUUUAAUCUUAUUCCAUUCUUAUUUUAGCCGUUUGUAUGAACGUGCAUUUUUUUUAAUGUAUGUUUACUCUAGGUGCAGAUUGAUCUGUAUUAUCAUAAGAUUUAAUUUGAUAUUUUUUGCUGUGGUCGGUUUAUAGCCUCAUUUUGUAAAGCGUUUAUCAAUCAGUGUUUUACUAUGUUGAGCCAAAGAUGAACUUUUAUUUUAGUUAGUUAGUUACCAUAGUGUUAUGUUACUGCAUAAAUGCAGAAUAUUUAUUGUUUGCUUUAUGUAUGUUUGAUUAGAAUUAUGCAUAAAACGUUACUGGCAUUGACAAAUCCAGAUUUAGGCCCAUCUCAUUUCUCUGUCUUACCCCUACCCCUUAGUUUUCCACGAAAUGGGAUUGGGCCUUAGUAUUGUAUUUUUUAAUAUUUUAUUGUCAGCAUUUCUAUACGUUUGUUGUAUAUAAUGUUUUAGCCAGAAAUGACUUUAAAAGUCAUAUUGUAUAAGCAGUGCCUUACUGAAGUUCACAUGAAGCCAUGUUAGGAUCAAGUUUAAUAAUUUUAUCUUCAUUGUACAUAUAAAUACUAUUAUCUUCUAGUCAUUGCACAGAUGCCAUUGUUUUGUACUUGUGGUUGGAUUUUAUUUCAGUAGUUUAGAGGUUUUUAAACAUGUUUUCCUUAUUACUUUAUUUGCUAAUGGCGUAGUUAUUGUCAACUCUAUAUCAUUAUUCUACUUUUAAACCCGAAUAAAACUGAAGUUAUAUGUAUA